AAGGAAGAGAGGAUUUGCAGGUUAACCGGCUGGAAACACAAAUAUGGAUAAAACCAGACAUACAGAAGACAGAUGUGGACUUUUCAGAAAUUCUUAAUGCAAUACAAGAAAUAGCUAAGGAUGUCAACAUUUUUUUUGAUGAGUUAGAAGGUGUGAACAGCCCUUCCAAAGAUGAUGACUCCCUGCUUCACCAUGGUAACUUGACCAGUACUUCUGAUGAUGCCAGCAGGUUGGAAGUUGUGGGAGAGGAAGUACCUGAUAAGAACAAAACCAAUGGACUAUAUUUUAGAGAUGGGAAAUGUCGGAUUGACUACAUCCUGGUGUACAGAAAAUCCAAUCCACAGACAGAAAAGAGGGAAGUAUUUGAGAGAAAUAUCAGAGCAGAAGGACUUCAAAUGGAAAAAGAGUCAUCUCUAACAAACAGUGACAUCAUCUUUGUGAAGUUGCAUGCUCCUUGGGAGGUCCUGGGCAAAUAUGCUGAACUAAUGAAUGUAAGAAUGCCUUUCAGGAGAAAAAUCUAUUACCUGCACCGCCGAUACAAGUUCAUGAAUAGGAUCGAGAAACAGAUAAGCAGGUUUCGAGGAUGGUUACCUAGAAAGCCAAUGAAACUGGACAAGGAGACACUGCCAGAUCUGGAGGAGAACGACUGCUAUACUGCUCCAUUCAGCCAACAAAGGAUCCAUCACUUCAUCAUACACAACAAAGACACUUUCUUCAAUAAUGCUACAAGAAGUAGAAUUGUUCACCAUAUCUUACAAAGGGUGAAAUACGAAGAAGGGAAAAACAAAAUUGGUCUGAAUCGAUUGCUCAGUAAUGGCUCCUAUGAAGCUGCAUUUCCUCUUCAUGAGGGAAGUUACAGAAGUAAGAAUUCAAUAAGAACACAUGGGGCAGAAAACCACAGACACCUGCUCUAUGAGUGCUGGGCUUCCUGGGGAGUGUGGUAUAAAUACCAACCACUGGACCUCGUGAGACGGUACUUUGGUGAGAAAAUUGGGCUGUACUUUGCCUGGUUAGGCUGGUACACGGGGAUGCUCUUCCCAGCUGCCUUCAUUGGAUUGUUUGUCUUUUUGUAUGGAGUCACCACUUUGAACCACUGCCAAGUCAGUAAAGAAGUCUGCCAAGCUACAGAUAUCAUAAUGUGUCCUAUAUGUGAUAAAUACUGUCCCUUCAUGAGGUUGUCAGACAGCUGUGUUUAUGCCAAGGUGACCCACCUUUUUGACAAUGGAGCUACUGUCUUUUUUGCUGUUUUCAUGGCGGUGUGGGCAACUGUUUUUCUGGAGUUUUGGAAAAGAAGGCGAGCAGUAAUUGCUUAUGACUGGGACUUGAUAGACUGGGAAGAAGAAGAGGAGGAAAUACGCCCGCAGUUUGAAGCCAAGUACUCUAAGAAAGAACGAAUGAACCCCAUAUCCGGGAAGCCAGAGCCUUACCAAGCAUUUGCAGACAAAUGCAGCAGACUCAUUGUUUCUGCAUCUGGAAUAUUUUUUAUGAUCUGUGUGGUGAUUGCUGCCGUUUUUGGCAUUGUUAUUUACCGUGUUGUGACUGUCAGCACUUUUGCUGCCUUUAAGUGGGCUUUAAUCAGGAAUAACUCUCAGGUUGCAACUACAGGGACUGCAGUGUGCAUCAACUUUUGCAUCAUCAUGCUACUGAAUGUGCUGUAUGAAAAGGUUGCUCUUUUCCUGACAAAUUUAGAGCAGCCUCGUACUGAAUCCGAGUGGGAGAACAGCUUCACUCUGAAAAUGUUUCUUUUUCAGUUUGUCAAUCUGAACAGCUCUACCUUUUAUAUAGCAUUCUUCCUUGGAAGAUUUACAGGACACCCUGGUGCCUACUUAAGGCUGAUAAAUCGGUGGAGACUGGAAGAGUGCCACCCUAGUGGAUGCCUUAUUGAUCUCUGCAUGCAGAUGGGUAUUAUAAUGGUGUUAAAGCAGACCUGGAAUAAUUUCAUGGAACUGGGCUACCCGCUAAUUCAAAACUGGUGGACCAGGAGAAAACUCCGACAAGAGUAUGGCACGCAGAGGAAAACAAGCUUCCCACAAUGGGAAAAGGACUACAAUCUGCAACCUAUGAAUGCUUAUGGACUCUUUGAUGAAUACCUAGAAAUGAUUCUUCAGUUUGGAUUCACAACCAUUUUCGUGGCAGCUUUUCCCCUGGCACCGCUGCUGGCCUUACUUAACAAUAUUAUUGAAAUUCGGCUUGAUGCAUACAAAUUUGUUACCCAGUGGAGAAGACCUUUAGCUUCAAGAGCCAAAGAUAUAGGAAUCUGGUAUGGCAUCCUGGAAGGCAUUGGAAUUCUUUCUGUUAUCACAAAUGCAUUUGUUAUAGCUGUGACAUCAGAUUUCAUCCCUCGCCUUGUUUAUGCUUAUAAAUAUGGACCUUGUGCUGGCCAAGGAGAAGCUGGACAAAAGUGUAUGGUUGGCUAUGUUAAUGCCAGUUUAUCGGUAUUUCUGGUGUCUGACUUUGAAAACCGUUCAGAGCCAACAUCAAAUGGAAGUGAAUUCUCUGGUUCACCAUUAAAAUAUUGCCGGUACAGAGACUACCGAGACCCUCCUCACUCCCCAGUGCCCUACGGUUACACAUUACAGUUCUGGCAUGUCUUAGCAGCGCGGUUGGCUUUCAUCAUUGUAUUUGAGCACCUUGUCUUUUGCAUAAAGCACCUGAUUUCCUACUUAAUCCCAGAUCUCCCAAAAGAUCUGAGAGAUCGGAUGAGGAGAGAAAAGUACCUGAUUCAGGAAAUGAUGUACGAAGCUGAACUAGAACGUCUGCAGAAAGAGCGGAAGGAAAGGAAGAAGAAUGGAAAAUCUUAUCACAAUGAGUGGCCAUGA